AUGCCUCGCUUUAGGGUGAAGACAGUGGAACAGCUAGACCAAAGAUACAUUCUGGUGCCUGAGAAGGUGAAGGAUGCGUAUCUGGUACAUCUGAUCCAGAAAUUCCAGGAUGAACAUGAGGACUGGUCCAUCAUGAUCUUCACCAAUACCUGCAAAAAUUGUCAAAUCCUGAAUAUGAUGCUUCGGGAGUUUAAUUUCCCUUGUGUAGCUCUACAUUCUAUGAUGAAGCAGAAGCAGAGAUUUGCUGCACUCGCAAAAUUCAAAUCAAGUGUUUUUAAGAUUCUUAUUGCAACAGAUGUGGCUGCCAGGGGCUUGGACAUCCCAACAGUGCAGGUUGUGAUCAACCAUAACACCCCAGGCCUUCCCAAGAUUUACAUCCACCGUGUAGGAAGAACAGCAAGAGCAGGACGCAAUGGCAUGUCAAUUACGCUGGUGACACAGUAUGACAUUCAUCUGGUGCAUGCAGUAGAAGAACAGAUCAAUUUAAAGUUAAAAGAGUUUGGUGUAAAGGAACGCGAGGUAUUGCAAAUCCUUACUCAGGUGAAUGUGACUCGAAGAGAAUGUGAAAUUAAACUGGAGUGUACAGAUUUUGAUGAGAAGAAAGAGAUCAACAAACGGAAGCAGCUAAUUCUGGAAGGGAAGGAUCCUGAUCUGGAAGCAAAAAGAAAAGCAGAGCUCGAAAAGAUAAAAAAGCAAAAAAAGAAAUUCAAGGAGCACAUUCAGGAGUCAAUGCAGAAGAAAAUAGAUGCUGUGAUGCGCAGGAAGCUGCAGAAGAAACGCCUGAGACAAAAGAAGGCAGCAGCCAAAACACAGCAGUGACUAAACCAAGAGUAGGCAGCAUUGCCUACUUCUGAAUGAAGGCCUGACAUCAGGUCCGCAAAGACUGACCUUUUCUAGAUAUCUGUACUUGUCAGUAUUCAUUAUCCUUAGGGAAUAUCCUGCUCUUGCUUGGCUUGCCCGGCGAGGAUCCCUGGCACCUGUUGUUAUUACUCACUACAUCGGAUUGAAUUACUGCCACCUGUUGAGCCUGUCACUGGUCUGAUAUUUUGAAAGACAGAUGUACCUGUGUG